AUGGGUCUGCAUCGUGACGGAACAACUUUUGUUCUCAAGCCAUUCGAUACCGAACUCAGGCGUCGGCUUUGGUGGCAUAUCUGUCUACUAGACAUGCGAUCCUCAGAGUUUCAUGGAUACAAACCUAUAGUGCGGGGCGACGUGUUUGACAUAAAGCUUCCCCUCAACAUCAACGACAGCGAUAUCACCCCCAAUAUGACAGAAGCUCCAAAAGAGCAUGAAGGAUAUACCCAGAUGAAGUUCUGUCUGAAACGUUGCGAGAUGACUAAAGCUGGCUGGAAGGUUGGCUGUGCAUCACCGAUCUCAAGCUCGACAGCCACUGUGGCACGAGCUGAUGGUGAACAAAUCGUUCAAGAACUCCAGAGCCAAUUAGAGGAGCGCUACUUACGUUACUUUGACGAGUCUGUAUCGUUCAUGCUGUUCACCUUGAAGGUUACUCGACUCAUCGUUGCCCGCACGGGGCUCAUGGUUGACUUUCCUAGGAAACAAAAAGAAGCAUACACCUCGACGAUCAUUCGAGACCGACUCUUUUCCAUCUCUAUGGAAGUACUUGAGCUUUCAAGGUUUAUCAUGACAACCAGCAGUAUCUCGAAGUGGACGUGGCACUCUAAAGCACAUAUCCAUUGGCACGCAGUCAUAUUUGUACGCUCCGAGAUUUGUUCUCGUCCAGCGUCAGCGGAAUGUGAUCGAGCAUGGGAGUUCCUUAACACGGUCCACAAUCAAUGGAGUAUGAAUGAAAGGGGUAGGAGGGGAAAUCUAUCGAGGCCGAUCCAGAGACUCAUUGUCAAGGCUCGUUAUGUACGGGAGAUGCAGCAGCUGGACCCGGGUUUUCAUCUUGCUAGAAGAAUGGCUACACCGGAUACGGCGCCCGUGCAGGCUGGAAGCUCUGAAUUGCAGCAGGAAACACCAGACCCAUACGGCAUUCCUGGCAAGGUGAGUCCUGAUGAGUAUAUGGAUUGGAUGCUGGAGGAUGUCGGGAUAGAUCUGUACAGUGAAUGGCGAACGGACCCAGCUGGGGCUAGCAUAAUGAUAGUAAUCAGAAAACAGACUCAACUCCUCGCCAACUAA